AAAUCGUGAGUACAUAAGUACAUACAGAGCUAAUUGGAAUGAAAACACGAUUCGCGCCAUUUAGAAUUCCUAAAUAAUAAAAUAAAAUUUAAUUUAACAGGCGGUAAUAUUGAUUUUCGUGUUGUACUCCUGUCAAACACAAUUUCUUUGCUACCAUUUUAGUUGCUGAGACGCUUGGCGCGCCCCAUGUGAAUUGUGUAUUAUUUGUGUGCGUGUGUUUGUAUGUAUUCAGCGGGGCAUGCACAGUUCCGGAAAAUAUAUACAAACUGUGAUUGUUUGUUUUUAGAUUCUCAUUACGUCGUUAAACGAAUACUAAAAUGGAUGUAGAUACUGAAGAAGACUUGCCCAGCGCUCGUUCCAGUGAUGUAAUAAAAAAUCUGCUUGAGAUCGCAAAUAGCAGACCAGGCACCAAUGUUGCCAAAGCUAUUAUUGCCUACCAUGAAUCCUCCAGUCUGGCAACACUUUUGCUGCUUUUGGAAGAGGUAUCAAAAAAUACUGAUUUCUCAACAGAUUUGCGAUUGUCGCUUUCCUAUUAUAUGGAUGAGUUUUUACGGCAAGUCUCUGGGUCGAGUGUGCCGCGUCGUUCGGUUAUUGCUGCCGCCGGCAGCGUUCUUCAAUACUGCAGUAAAGUCUAUGGAGACAGAGUGGAGUUUAUGUACCAGGUAGUGGAACAUCAAAUCGAGGCUCUGCUUAAAGCAGAUCCCCAAAAGGAGGAUAACACCAAUAGUAACAAAGAUGCUAGCAAGCCGGAGGAACACCGCAAGCGACGCGUUAAGAAACUCACACAUAAAGAAUUUGAUCCGUUCUCAUACAAGAUGGAACCGAAAAAAUUUAAAAUAAUGUCGGAAGAGAAGCGUUUUAGUCGCGUUGGAUUUGAAACAAAUAAAAAUAGAAAUCGUACAAUUGAGCAUAUGUAUCAGGAUCACACUCCGUCGCAUAUAUGGAAAUAUGCGUCCAUUGUAGACCCAGCCAAUCCCUACGAACAGGAUGAGAAGAAGAACUACAAAGUGUUCACCUACCAUCCGGAGCCCAGAUACAAUACGCUUCUGCCAGACAUUCAAUUCGAUCGUCUAAAUCUGAUCAAAGAGUAUGUGAACAGAAAUCAAGUGAAUGUAUCAGACACUCUACACAGAAACAUGAGCAAUAAGGAAUAUUUGGAUGAGUAUAUAGCGCUGGAGAAUCAAAUGCUCGCCUCUCGAUACGGAGAAAAGUCACUGCUGAAACGCGCGCUGAUUGCAGAUGAAGACGAAAAGUCAAAGCGUUUGCGAUUAGAAUUGGAAAACCUGCAGGAACAUUUGUUGGACACCAAUGCAGAAAGUCCUAAGCGUAUAAAACUAACAGAGGAUAUUGAUAAUUUUGAUAUGAGUGCAGAUCUCAAUGAAGUACAGGCGGACUCAGUUGUUGACGACUCACUCAGGACAAUGACGUUGGCAGAUACCACCGAGGAACAAACCAAUGAUUGCCAUCUCGAAGCAUUCUCGUUAGCCAUGAAUGAUGAAAGUUGUAUGGACAGCACACGCUUGGAUCAGCAGAACCAACAGGAGUCACAGCCUGUAGAGAAACGCUUGCAAUUAGAGCUCUCAAAUAGCAAAGUCGAUGACAGCAAUGAGCAGUUGUUACAAAUAGAUUCCGGCAUUGGGAUGGAUGAUAUAUGCGAUACACUGCCAACAGGUCAAUCUUUUGAUGACGAGGGUGUUGUUCUUACAGAUAUAAUAGAAGAGCAGCGUCUCCAGUCGCUGUCCCCCAAGGUAAUGGUACACGACAUACUGCCCGGUGUUCCAGACAAAGCUAAGCUCAGUGUUCGCGUUGAUGCCGAAAUGCUAGCACUCAGCGGCAUCAAUGAAACGGUUGACGAGAUUGUCCAAGUGCAACGUGAUGUGCACUUUACAAUUAAGCGAAAUUUGUUUCAGCUACCAGAAAAAAAGCUCCGCAAACGCUGCCUCUUUAAGCUAACCAAAGAGUUUGAUAUAUUUAAGAAAGCGCGCAUCCCAGCUAAGAGACAGGCUGAACCGAAAGCUGCCCCUACGCCUAGGGUUCUGCGUGCUACCUCGCCCACGAAUUCCACAACAUCACUUAAUAGUUUUUCAGAUUUACCUUUGGAUCAAAUGGAAUUUGAUUCAGAACAAAACUUUCGUGGCUUUAGGCGUCCAACGUACGAUUCAGGCAUUGACCAGGAGGAGGUUAGAUUGGCCAACUCGCCUGCGGAUGAUGGCAUUAUCGUUGAUGUGGAAACCGAAGGAUUACCUGAUUUGAAUGCAAUAGAAGAUGCAUCGGUCUCAGUAGAAAUUCAACCAACUAGGAGUGCGGAGCAAACAGAGAAGGACAUGACAUUACCUGACAUUUUAUUGGAAGCAGGAGUAUUAAAUCAAACAGACCCAAAUAAUGACGACACAAUAGCCCAGGAUAUUAUAGAAGAAAAUGUAAUUUCUUUGGAUGACCCAGCAGGAAACAUAACUGAAUUGUCCAAUGUGGAUGCAGCCAACGAGUUGGAUCAAGACUGGGAUGAACAGUCUAGCAACUCGAGUUUCGAAGAAAACUGCAAUAGCAUAGAUGCAGAGACUGACGCCAAGAUUAUUGACUGGCAUCGUAGGCUUGCACCCACGUUGGAAGCGGCGCAUGCGCGUCAAAACUUUAGUAUACGGGACCUAAAUGAUGAAAUUAUAUCGAAAUGCCAGGAAAAAGGUGGAGUGGCUACUUUGGCGGACGUUGUAGAGGAUAAGGAUCCUACCAAACUAUGUUGCUAUAUGCUGUCCUCAUUGCUGCUGACAAACCAGGGCAACGUCGAUCUACAAAUAGAUAAACGGGAUAAAAGCAAGCCCAUAGAGAUCAGGCAGUUCAAAAUGAUGUUGAUAAGCACGGAGAGAAAACAACUGAACCCGGAGGAUGAUAUUGGAAAUAUGAACAAUGUCGGUCAACGAGGAAAACCGAUAUUAGCAACAUCCCAGAAAACGACAACAUCGAGUCAACGACAGCAAAGUCCUAAAACAGUUAAUGUAAACACCGUGCGACUUAUAAAACCGGUGCCCAAGGCAAAUGCACGGCCAGAGGAUGCUGACUCUGGGUUGGCAUCUUCGGUGUCUGCCUGGUCCUUCGAUGCGUAGCGGAUGAUGUAUACUAAAUAUUCGUGUCUUUGUCUUUAGUUUCUGUUUAAUGGGUUCACUCUUGAUAUAGAAUUAGAAUUUUGUAUCAUAUGUGUAUAGAUCGUUAUAUAAGUGUAUAGAAUUUGAUGUUCGCUCCGUAGGCAUUCUCAAUGUAAACGUUUUAUUUGUGUAUCACGCAUAUUUAAAAACAACUAACUAACUUCAUGAUUUUUUACAGCAGCUGAUAAUGCAAGGGCUGCCUCUUCCGCAGGCAUUCAACAAAAUUAAAAACCUUCGUUAGCCGCGUAACUGAC